AUGGUUGGCAAUCUAUUCAGACCACUGGUUUCGCUGGCGAAACGCAUCAAUGUGCCUAUCAUAGCCUCAAUCACAGAGUCAGAACAGGCGGAGAUGAACGAAGAUCCGUGGAAUAAAUCCGGAAAGUACGCAGAAGCUUGGGUGUAUUUUAGUAUUGUUCUUCUGUUCUUGACGUUUGUGGUCCGGGUAUAUCACCUCCUGAGCGACCGAAUACGAAUAGCUGCAUACAGAGAGUACAAUGCCAAAUCAACAUCACCAUAUGGCAACACAUUGGGAACAUCAGACCUGGAACUCGCGAGUGCCGCCACUGACAGCUCAACCAGAAAGUUCUUCCCGGCAAAAGGGCCACUUCCUCCUUCAUCCCGGGAGUACACACCUUCUUUGGUCGCACCGAUGAGCUUUGUCAUUGCAAUUUUCCGCUGGGUCUUUUACAGGCCGAUUCCAACCCUAACCAUCGGCAAGAUGCACUUCGUCUUUCCGUCACCCUCAGUUGUUGCUCUUGUCGUUGUGGCCUUCUUAUUCACUGCGCUCUAUUGUUUCAUCCCGAAACCACUGUAUUUUUCAAGCAUCGAUCUAGGUUCACCACCGUUGGCAAUUCGCGCAGGUAUGAUAGCGCUUGCAAUGGUACCUUGGAUUAUUGCCCUAGGUACCAAGCCCAAUUUCAUCUCAAUAGUGUCUGGUAUCAGCCACGAACGUCUCAAUGUCAUUCACCGGUGGCUCGCGUACAUUUGUCUUUUCUUGGCUCUUGUCCACACGAUUCCAUUUUACAUUACUCCGAUUUGGGAUGGUAACACUUAUUAUAUUUACCAAAAACUAUUCAUCCCACAGGGCUACCACAUAUAUAUUUACGGCAAUGGAUUCGCUACGCUCGUUCCACUUAUCGUUCUCUGCCUUCAUUCUCUAUCAUUUUUACGUCAGAGGGCCUAUGAGGUUUUCGCUUACUUGCAUGGUCCAAUCUCCGCUGUCUUCGUGGGAAUGCUUAUUUGGCAUUGUAAAAAUCUGCUCAAAUCGUGGGACUACAUGUGGGCCACGAUUGCACUGUGGUUCUUCUCGUACUGCAUCAGAAGUUUCUAUCUCAAUUGGUUCGUUCCCUUGCGACUCUCGUGGAUGAUUGGAGAAGAAUCAUCAGCCGUCAUUCUUCCAGGAAACGCCUUGAAGGUGACUAUACCAACACAAAUGAGAUGGAGACCGGGACAGUUUGUUUACUUACGAAUGCCGGGUAUUUCGCUAUUGGAGAAUCACCCCUUUACAAUAGCUUCACUUUGUAGCGACGAUUUCCCAUCGAACUAUGGACCGGAAUUUCGUGACCUGGUCCUUAUAAUCAAGCCUUUUAACGGAUUUACGAAGAAACUCCUAGAAAAGGCGAAAAGGAAAGGACCUUACAAGAUUUACCGGUCACUUUUGGAUGGUCCAUAUGGGGGAAUGCAGCGUGAACUGGCUGCCUUUGACGAUGUUGUCUUUUUCGCUGGCGGUAGUGGUAUUACUGCAAUCGCUAUUCGAGUUGUUUGGGCAUUGAGGCGCCCAGAGAUGAUGGGAUGGUUCAAUGAAGAAUUGAGAAUUUGCAGGGAAUAUGCUCCAGCUGGCUCUGUUUUUUGCAGCUUCUACUUGACAGGCUCAGAUAAGGACAAGGCUUACGGUACAGAGACGGUGAAUGAAAUUGUGCAUGGUGUCCCUAACAAACGAAACUCAGCGUGGAUUCGAGAGGCAGCUGGAGGGGAUUUACAGCAAGAGAAAGAGCUUCGACGCGAAAAUGAAGAUGAUAUUACUCCUCUUCCGGGAGCAUAUCUGGCGGGCGGUGCUAGUUCCAGUUAUUAUCCUGUAAUGGCUCCUGCUCGCUAUGACCCGUACGCGCCAUAUGCAUACGCGCAUGCACAAGCAAUCCCAUACGGGACACCACAGAGCCAAAAUCAAGGAUUCAACUUUGGAUUUGACCAAAAUCAAGUACUGGAGCAGCAACAGCAAUAUAACCAGCUCCAAUAUCAGCAGUACAUUCAGCAGCAACUUCAACAGCAGCAGCAGCAGCAGAAUUUAACCUCAUCUGUCCCAAAUAACCGCAAUACAUUGUCACGGUUCGCUUUUCUACCACGACAGAAACAAGAUAGCUGGCGCACGGAGUAUGGACGGCCCAACGUCUCAGAGAUGCUGAAACAGCAAUCAAAGAACUGGGGCCGCCGUACCUGCGUUUUCGUCUGUGGACCGCCAACUAUGCGAGUAGAAAUAGCCAACACAGUGGCACGAUUGCAGCAUCUUGUCAUAAGAGAUCCGACAAAGGACGAAAUAUUCCUUCAUGCAGAGAACUAUGCUGUAUGA